UCUUAAUUCAAUCAUGCACUAAUUGCAAUAAGGAAAUAAACAAAUUUGAAGAAUCGAAUCCCAAGCCAUUUUUUUUAUAAAAUUACAAGGAGUAUCAGCUAAAAAUUAUCAAAAUGUUAGAUGGAUGGUACUGCCGGACAUUGGCCAACGAAGAGGCGGCACAAACAGAGAAUAACGAACAAAUCGUCGAUGUCAAUGACGAAACCGAUUCUUCGGAUAGUCAGGAGAAUGAUGAAAGUCGCCAGCCACAAAAAAAUAAUAGCGUUGACUAUAAAACCCAGUAUCGAUAUUUGAAAAAGAAGUUGAAAUUUUUAAUUUAUGAGAAUGAAUUCUUCCAAGAUGCUCUGAGAUCCAACCAACGAAGGUUGUUGAAAGUAUCCCGUGAUAGAUCCUUUCUUUUGGAUCGGCUGCUGCAAUAUGAGAAGCCAAAAAAUACUUCAUCAGAAAGCGAAGAGACUGAGGAGUCGUCUGAGGAUGAGGCUACCAAGGAGAUAAAAAAACGUAAAUUAGAGCAAGUUGCUAUUACAUCGGCUACUGGAGCCACUAGAGGCAGGAAAAAGAAAGCGACAACUACAGCACAGGAUAUAGCUGAUCCUAAAACAAGUUUUCCUUCCAACUUAGCGGUAGAUGAACAUCAACAAAUCCAUGUAGGCGUUGAAAGGCCAGCUUCAAAGCAAUCGACAAUGGAUCUUUUGCCAGAACGCACCAAUUCAGUUCCCCAAGAAAUGUUUAGUAAUGAACCAUCUUUAGAUAGUGAGCCCACAGAUCAUUUGGUGGAAUGUUCAUCUCCUACUCACGUAGCGGCUGAGGAAUGCGUUCCAAUGGAAUAUAGCAACUGAAAAAAAAUAUUUUAUUUUAGCAUUUUAAAAACUUUAUGAAA